GCUCCGGAAAGUCGAACACUGAGCGUUACCAUCACCAUCGGAGCGGAUAUUCAAGAGUUUGUAGCGACAAUUUCAGAUUUCAAUUUCCAACUAACGUUCCAUGUUUAACCUUCAAAACAAUAAUAAUGGGCCCCAUGUGAGUCUCCAUACGUCCCAGUAAAUCCUUGUGGAGGGCGUCAUGACUUGGACACCAUAAAAGCAGUCGUCACAUCUGUUUCAGAUGAAACUAUUGGCGGAGUCACCUGGCCACACCUUGUUCGGUGACCACGCAACAACUACGUCGUUCUCUUUUUUUGUAGUGUUUUUUUCUUUUUUUAACCGCAGUAGUUUGUUUGAACACCAGCUCUUUCCCUACCUCCGCGUGGGCGCGCCGGCCCAGACUCGCGAUCUCGUGUGUAUAAAUGAUGUCGUCACUCCCGCUGCUCCCUCACUUCUGAGAGCCCAGUCACUCAGUGCUGAGGCUGAGAAGAAGAAGAAGCAGCCUGUUCUCAAGACUGAGCGGAUCUUCUCGGUGAGGAGGACGACAGAACCCGCAGCGCACGAUCGGAUGCUGAGGUGAUGAGUGUGGCUUUCGCGCGGUCCCUGGGUCAAGGCGAGCCCCUGCUCCAGGAUGUGUGGCGCGUGGUGAGGCUCGGGCAUGAGGAGGUGCUGCUGUCCCCGUACCUGCCCGCCACCUGCGCCCUGCUCACGCACCUCUUCUUCUGCCUGCCCUUCCUCCUCCUGGACGCGCUGGCCGGCCGCUGUCCCCGGGUGCUGUCCUGGAGGGUGGCCGCCAGCUCAGGACCCCCGCCGCCUCUGCGUCAGUGGCUGGACUGUUUCUGGAGGGUCGUGUUCAAGUACGCGGCGGCCGUGUUUCCCGCCACCGCGCUCUUCCAGAGCCUGAGGAGGGGCGCGCUUCCCGAGCUGGCCCCGUCCUGCUGCCGCCUCUGCCUGGAGGUCCUGGCUUGUCUGCUGGUCUUCGACUUCCUCUUCUUCGUCUGGCACUUCUGCCUGCACAAGGUUCCGUGGCUUUACCGGAACGUCCACCAGCAGCACCACCUGCACAAGGUCAACUUUGCCCUGGCGGCGCAGGACGCCAGCUGUGCCGAGCUGCUGUCCCUGCUGCUGCUGGCCCUCAGCAGCGCCUGGUUGGUGGGCUGCCACCCCCUGAGCGAGACCGUCUUCCACGUCCUCAACAGCUGGCUGGCGGUGGAGGACCACUGCGGCUACGACUUUCCCUGGGGCCUCCACAGACUGCUGCCCGGCCUAGGGGGCGCCCCCUACCACCAGGCCCACCACGUCCUCCACAGGGCCAACUACGCCCCCUACUUCACUCACUGGGACCACAUCUUCGGCACCUAUCGCAGAGCAGCAGGCCGCCUGCGCUCCAAAUAGUCCCGUGUGCCCGGGAAGCUUCAGUGGUCGCUGCUCGCAGGCGUCCUGCUGGUCAGGAGCCUGCAUCCUUCUGAAGAACACAUGGGUGUUUCAACCAACUGGAUAUUCCUCGGAGGACUGCUGACUCAUCAUGUCCCCCUCCACACCGCAGAAGAGAAGUCCCCUAAAUCCCCCGGCGCCUCGGGCUCUCUGCGACAUUCUGGGAAGUCGACUUGAAAGAAGCACAAGUCACACACUCUUCCAAGAAACAGAGAGACUUUUAUGGAAGGAAAAUGCACAUUGAUGCUUGCGGCAUCUGAAAAGCACUUGACUUCACGUGGUCGUGCUUCCUGUAUGUUUAUUUAUGUUGUAGAAUUGGCUCCUGUCGCUGAUGUCUGAGUCGCUGUGCGUCACUUGCCACCAUGACAGUGGCGGGAAAACCGCUUUUCUGACUCCCUCAAAAUUACAGUAGACACAAUAUGAAAUAUUUAGGGGUGGGAUUGGAUUAAAAAAAAUUCAUCUAGAAUUUGCGAUUAAUUAAUCUCAAUUAAUCGCAGUUUAAUCGUAUCAGAAUAUUAGACACAAGAAGACACAUCUUUCAAUUUCAAUGAAUUUGGUAUAUUAGUGACUCAAAUGAUGGAGCCAUAUAUACAUUUAAACAAUAAAAUAUUGUCAGACAGUAGCACAAUAAAUCACGAGGGUGGCUAUAUUCAUGUUUUAUAUCACCUUAUUUAAACUAAAGCUCUUUUAAUGUCUUGAAAAUAUUUGUAUAGGAACUUCAAUUGUAUAAGAAUUUCAAGUCCAUUCAGAGUGGUGGAAACCCUGGACAUUGUGUAGCGAAAAACAUCCCUGAACCAAAGCAAACAGCUGCUUUUGUUUGCUUUUGUUCAGGGAUGAUUCCUCCAUGUUUGUUGUUGUUGUUCUCAUCCUAGCUGCCACGUAUUUUAAAUGCGAUUAAAAUAUUUUUAACACAUUAAUUACGAUAAAUUAAUUAAUCGCAAUGAACUCAUUAAAGUCCCACCACUAGAAAUAUGAUCAUGAAAUAUAUAUUUUGUGUUUUAAAGGGUGUGGCUGCCUUAUGCUGGCACAAACAAAAUACAUUUGUUUUGGUUAUUGUUUACAAGAACGAACAGCACUUGACGGUUUGUCAGUUUUCAACGUUGUCCGUAUCAAAGUCAACAGAGAAUGUGUUCAAAAGUGAAAAAACUAAAUGUAAACCGAAUCAGUAUUUAGUAGUUAGCACAAAGUAGGAUGCAUGGAGUGUGAGAAAACGUUUUUCCACCGCUGUACAUUUUCCAACAGAGGACUCAAUAUACGAGCUGUUUCUCCUCCCUCCUAUAGACAGGGGGCGCUGUAGCUUUAUCUGCUUCUUCUCGUCGUCCAAAUAGAAGCAUAGAAUGUGGAAUCCAGGUCGUCUUGCCUUUCAAACUGCAUCGCUCUUCAUGAAGUAGUUGUUUUCUGGUGCAGACAUUUUUGUUUCUCCUCUUCCUGUCCUGCACCAGUCUGUGACUGCAUGAUGCCGACUGCUGAGUGACGCACUCAGGUGCCAGUAUUCCUAAAUUUAACUGGAACUACAAAUGGAAACAAAAGCCACAGGUGGUCACAUGUAACUUAGUCCAGAUCCUCUCCGCCUUUUAUGUAAGACUCAGGAUCUGUGACUGGACCGUCGACCAGCUGUCGUUUCCACAUGCUUCAGCUCAACACACAUCAGGUCAACGAGUUCACUCCUGUGGUACUUAUGAAGCUAGAAGUGAAACCAAACUUAGAUCCUGGAAAACCUCCUUCCUCGCACUUUACUGUCCGUGCAUGAGCUGCACUCGAACAAAUAUAUUUGAUACAUGACCUAAAAAAAAACGCCACGUCCCGCACAAAAAGUGUUUUUUAUUAACAAAAUAGCUGUAAAACCUUUGUGAAGAGUGACUCCUGCACUGUGUUGCACCUUUGCAUUCCAAGUGGUCUUCAGUUAGUGGUCAACAUUUCCUCUUUAAUGUGAGACGAUAGAUAUUUAUAGUGAAGUUGUUGAAUGUAUAUUUUGUAUUUGUGACACGCUGUGGACUCCAGAGUUGUAUUUUGUUUGACAAUAAAGUCCAAACA